AACAACCUUUUAUUUCCGUUUUAGAAAAAUGAAUCUGUUGCACCCCAUAUUAAUGAUAAUAUGGCCACUUAGCACAUAUCAAGAAAACUAUUGCCGAUUUUCAAGAGAUACGAUGAUUUGUGAAGGGAUUCAACAGGAAGAUUUUCUUUACCAGCUUUAUAAAAACGAAGAUGACUUUGGUCACGUGUCCAACAUUGAAUUUGUGAAUUCAAAUUUUUCCUAUAUCAAAUCGUUUUCUGUGCCUCAAGCAUUCAGUUACGAUUUACGUAAAUUAACAUUCAGAAACUGUUCCAUUCACGAAAUUGACAAAGGUGCUUUUCAAGGAUUACGUGGAUUAGAAUUGGACUUCACAGGAAACUUCAUUAAAAAUAUUUCAUUCAUCGAAAAUUUGAAUUUAACUGGUUUGAAUUUAGAAAACAACAAAAUUGAGAUUUUGGACUUGAAUAUCCUAGUACCUAUAAAGAACGCAAAUAAGAUAAUUCUGAAAGGCAAUCAAAUAAGAGAAAUCCUGCCUCUCAAAGAAUUCGCCACUUUCACUACCAUUGAUCUGAGCUUCAACCGCAUCAACGUUUUCAAUGAGUCAUAUCUGAAUUGCUUCUUUUCGUCUAUAGACCUUAGCCAUAAUGAAUUAGAAGUUAUAACCAUUCUGGAUGAAUACGUUGAGUAUCAGACCUUUACUAAAAAACUUGUCAAUUUAAAAGGGAAUAACAUAACUUCAUUAGGUCCUUACGCUAAUCAGUCAUUCACCUGUGAUGAACUGUAUUUAACAUAUAUACCCACCGAUCUUCCUGAAAAAUUUUUCGUUACCAAAGUGUUCAGUUUAGCCAACACGAGCAUAGGGUCACUGAAUAGUUAUGUUUUCAAUAUGAGUCUGCUGCAAGGUUUUAGAAGGCCCAUCAUCGAUUUAUCUAAUGCUGAGAUCUCAAAUAUUUCUGCUUUUUAUCUAGAAGGUGUUAAUUUUACUGCGUUGAAUUUGAGUCAUAAUAACUUGAACAAAUUCAACGAAACUAUAUUUGAAGAUUCUCGUAUUAGUUACUUGGACCUGUCAUUUUCAAAGCUAUCGAAUCUCCCUAAUAAUACAUUCCAAGGUUUGGAAUACUGCGAAACUGUCAAUUUAACAGGAAACUUUUUGAAAACGGUGGAAAAUAUUUGCAACCAUGUACAAUUUGUCACGAUCGAUCUUUCGUACAACAAAAUUGAUAGAAUUGGAGGAGAAUCUUUUGUGAAUUGCAGUAGACUUCGGUUUCUGAAUAUUUCCCAUUCUGGAAUCACUUAUAUUCACCCAGGUUCAUUUGCUGAUUUGAAUUCAUUAUAUUACCUUGAUUUGAGCAAUAAUAAUAUCAUGAAUAUCAAAGAGGACGCGUUUAUAAAUCUAUAUGAAAUUCAAACAAUUGAUUUGGCCAGUAAUACUUUGGGUGUCUUGGAGACUAACGUCUUCCACAAUCUGAGUGUGACUGAUCUAAUUUUUACAAACACCACCAUAAAGUAUAUACAAAAUAAGGCAUUCAAUAAUUUACAUAACCUGGUAACUUUAAAUUUCUCAAAUACCGGCCUUGCAUUCGUGGAACCCAAUUCCUUUUUUAAUUUACCGAGAUUAGAGACGAUCGACUUGAGGUAUAAUGACCUAACAACUAUCGAAAGUAACACAUUUUAUGGUUUAUCGUUAUCCAAAUUGUACUUAGACGGCAAUAAAAUAAAAAUCAUAAAAACACGAGCAUUUGAGAACUUAAGUUUUCAUUACUCAGUACUGAAUCUCUCUAGUCUUCACAUAAAUUUGCUUGAACCAUUUUCAUUUUCUGGAGUAUCGGUUAGAACGAUAGAUUUGAGGAACAAUAAUAUAUCUGAGAUACGAGAAGAUGUGUUUUCCAAUACAACUGCCACUACAAUUUUUCUGGAUAGGAAUAAUAUAUCGAAUAUUUCAGCUAUGAAUGAUAAUUCAGAAGUCAAAGAAUUGCAUUUGACUCUCAACGGAAUUCUCAGUCCACGAGCUAUUUCUUACAUCAAUCUUCAGAGACUCUUUAUUGUCAAUUCAUCAAUAGAACUAAUGAAUAAUUGCUUCAUGGGUCUGUUCGAGCUAGAAGAAUUAUAUCUCAAUAAUUCUUUGAUAAGUUCCUUUGAAUUAGGCGCUCUAAAUGGGUUGUUCCAUGUGAAGCAAUUCGACGCUUCAAAUCUACUUAGUAGUACUACAGUUUUAGAGGCAGGAUUGUUCAGUGAAAUGUCUAGGUUGAAAAGCCUGCGGAUAUCGAACACAAAUCUAUCUGAAAUCCAGGAAGGAGCUUUCACUGGACUCAAAAAGUUAAACGAAUUAUACCUCACCAACAUCAGUUUGAGCUCAGUGAAUGGUAACAUAUUUGAUCAGUUGAAAUCGUUGACUCUUCUGGAUUUGUCCAACAACUCAAUCAGUUACAUUAACGUGUCUUAUAUUUUGAAUCAAACAGAAAGUUUGAAAACUUUACGUCUGAGUAAUAAUCGUCUCGAUUCUUUGAGUAUCAAUGGCCGGUACCCCGAAUUGAAGGCAUUGUUUUUGAAUAAUAACAGAAUAGGAAGUCUAAGUAACUUGACUUUUCAAGGACUUGAAGGUUUGGAAACAUUGCAUUUGCAGAAUAAUAUAAUUGAAAUAAUUGGAUACGGAUCGUUCAGAAAUUUGAGUAAUCUUCGAGAACUACGGUUGAAUGGAAAUAAUUUGUACAAUUUGAAUGUCGAUGUGUUCGGAGGUUUGAAGAGUUUGCACGUGCUCGACUUUUCAGAUAAUACUCGAUUGUUUCAAAGGGAGACUUUUGUAAACACAUGGGGUCUUAAACCAAAUCUUCAAAUAAUUAAUUUUGACAACACCUAUACGGGAUACACGGGAAGUUUCGAUUACAAAUCCCUCAAAGAAGACAAUCCUUAUUUGAAAAAGAUAGGCAUAAAUUAUAAUAGAUUUUCAUGUAAUGUAUUAUCAAACAUGAUAAAAUAUUUUAUUAUUAAUCAUAUCGAUUACUCGGCCAAUAACCCUAGAUAUGAUAUAAGCAAUAUCGAUGGCAUUGUUUGCGGUUAUAAUGGAUAAAAAUUGAAUGAAUGAAACAUAAAUUAGGUCCGUUUCCAUUAUAGGUUUGCAUUUUCCAAUAUUUUCUCGCGCAUCACAACGUAUGAAGCGGGUAAAUAACCUAAAAAUACAAAGAAAAUAAGGAAAUAGAUAAAUAUAUGUUGUUGAUCGUAUUUUAAUUAUUAUUAAGUGUUACAUAUAACUAAUCACAUUUUAUCGCGGGGUAGAUGUAAUAGAUACUUGUUCAGUUCUUUUAACUUGUUUUACAAUUUCUCCAAGAAAUUAAUUUUAUCCGAAGUAAAUCCAUAUCGAUAAUAAUUUCUUCACUUCUCAUCGAGACAUUGCUCGAUCUAAAAAAAAAUUAUUGUUUUUGUUCCUGGUAAUCACAUGAAUGGUAGCACUACAACAAUAUCUUAAUACGCCACGGAUGAUUGUCAAAACAUUAUUUGGCACUUCAUUAUUUUAAUAAAGAGUAAAUGUAUUGAUAUCCCAGUUCUGUAUUUGCGGUGAGGUUUGCCGAUGUGGUACAAUGUCAAGAAAAAUUUGAGCUUAAAUUAUGAACUUUCGCAUUAUUGAAUCAAGAAAAAAUACAUCCUAAGACUAUCGAAAAAUAUAAAAAAUGAAAAUCGGUGUUGGAGAAAAUGAGCUGUAGAUGAGAUGUAGAUUGAUUCAUCUUUUCCAGUAUAAAGUUUUUACGAAGUUCUUGGAAAGAGAUCAAUAUAAAAAGUACUUCAUUACACCCAGUUAGGAAAAAUGUAAGAAGAAAGACACACAGAAAAAAUUAAAUUAAAUUAAAUCUUAUUCAUGAAAAUACAAAUGACUCAUCCAUCACUUGUGUAUUCAUAAAAGAAUGAAAGUGGAUACCUACUUUUAUUUCUUUAAUAUAUCUUAUAUCGAAAUUAAAUAUUACUUUGAUAUUAACAUCUUUAUAACUUCUUUCUCAAAAACUCCAUAUCACACACAAACACAAACGUGUUUUUUAAACCCCAAUUUAUAUGUUUAAUUAGUCAUGGUCUCUAUUGGGCAUUAAACACCACGAGAGUGGAAAUGGAGGUGAAAUUUCGAUUUUUUCCCAAACUUAUGGAAAUAAUAAGACUUGGGAAAACCUCAUUGGAAGUACAUGGUUGGGAUAUCAAUAACCGCAGACAAGUUUAUAUCCUGUUGAUGACUUCCGCGUAUUUGCGAUUGUUGUAACCAUGUGUUGUUCGAACUUUAUGCUUGGUUACACCUUGCUGACAAAAGUUAUCGCAUCUGUAACAAUAUCUGCAGUUGAUGAAAUCACGAUAUAUUAUAUCCAAACUCUGAAAAGAUUUGAUUCGGAUCUACAUUCAUACAAGUUACACGUCUUUAUUCUCUAAUCAUAUUGUAACAAACUCAAGUGAUGCCUUAAUGAUUCUGGUUGUUGUUUGUUAUUUCUUUGAGAAAUUCUAAAAUUAUUGUUUUCUCAGACUGGAUUGUUUGAAGGAAAUGUAAAAUUUAGAUACUCAGCACACUGAGACCAGCAUAUAGCAAAAUGAAGAAAAUAUUAUUUCCCAUCACUGAAAACUCUUUCAAUUAAUUCAUUUUAUGUUAUGAUCAUCAUAUUUUAGAAACAUCAGAAGGAACUCAGUGAAAAUCAAUAACCAUAUUGAUAAAUGAAUAACUGAGUUACACACUCAAAAAUGUUGGCGUGGUUCAGUCUCUUAUUGCUAAUUAUAAUUUUCAUGUCGCAAUAUAUAUUUAUAUAUUUAUCUAGCUGGCCUUUCUCUCAUUGUUGUUCCAUAAUUGUUGUCAAACCCUUUCAUUGGUUGUUAUUCAUUUUUUCAGUUCAGUUCUGUUGAAAUGAAAAAAUGUAAUCUUGAACCAAAAUAUCUGAAUUUUUUUCAUAAUAUGUCCCACUGAACUCAAUUAUUACAUUAAGAAAUAUAAAUUGUAUGUGCAUUAUAUUUCAUAAUUGUCAACUUCAUAAGGGUUUAUGUUCUUGUAUUACCUACCAAAAAUGUGUAUCAUCUGCAAAUCACAUGAAGAAGAAAAUAUAAUCCGCCUAUGUGUAUCUAACCUUAUUGUAUUUGUAAAUUAGAAACUGAAUCAUCCCGUUAUUUAUAAUUUUGGUCAUUUCUCUAUAUUACAUGAAUACAUGCACUUGUGUUAUUUAAUUGUUGUGCACUCAUUUGUAAGACAGUUUUAUUUGGAUUCUUGUUUAUAGAAAAACAGUUUUUUUGUAAAUAUACGUCAUUAAUUCAU